CCGGUGAAUGGGGUCUUUUUUUGUUUUCCCGUAUCCGCCAUUUCAGUUUUUGAAGUUAGUUGUCAUCGGUCGCUGGAUUGUAGCUGGAAUUCUGUCGCUAAAACGCCUUAUAUGAUUCCCAGAGCUUAAUCCCGUUCAUAAACAGAACAAGAGGCCUUUUUAUUUCGUGCUUGUGGUUCUAUGUCGGCGAAUUGAUGUCCAAAAGGCUAGCUGCGGAUGUCGCCUGUUUACUAAACGUGCUCUAGGCGCUAAAGUUUUUGUAUGAGUUGAAGGCUUCGCCUGUGGAUAACGGGAGGGAAGGGAAGGGAAGGCCCGGUGAAGCCUCGGCUUUGGAGUGGUUAUCAUGGCCGGAAAUUUUGACGCGGAGGACCGUGGUAGCUGGUACUGGGGCCGGUUGAGCAGGCAGGAGGCUGUGUCUCUGUUGCAGGGGCAGAGGCACGGCGUGUUUCUGGUCCGGGACUCCAUCACCAGCCCCGGCGACUACGUGCUCUCCGUAUCAGAGAACUCCAAAGUCUCGCAUUACAUAAUUAACAGCAUCAGCAACAACCGACAAUCCGGUCCAGGUCUGGCCCACCCGAGGUUCCGCAUUGGUGACCAGGAGUUCGAUGCUCUCCCUGCUUUGCUAGAGUUCUACAAAAUCCACUACUUGGACACCACCACCCUAAUAGAACCCAUCAACAAGUCCAAACACACUUCCUUCAUCAGCGUCGGCCCCGGCGGAGCCCCCCCGCCACGCCUGGAAGAUGAGUACGUCCGAGCACUUUUUGAUUUCCCCGGCAACGACGAGGAGGAUCUCCCAUUCAGGAAGGGCGAUAUUCUCCGUGUUCUUGAGAAGCCAGAGGAGCAGUGGUGGAAUGCCCAGAACUCGGAAGGCCGGGCGGGGAUGAUCCCAGUGCCCUACGUGGAGAAGUACCGACCGGCGUCUCCAAACUCGGGGGCGGGGCCCGGCGUGCCUGGGGGACCGCCGGGAGGAAUGGGGAUGCUAGGGAACUCUGAUGGCUCUGCAGCCCAGUCCGGUGCUCCACUGCUAGUAGACCCAGGCCAGUACGCCCAACCCACCCCCCUCCCAAACCUCCAGAACGGACCUGUCUAUGCCAGGGCCAUACAGAAGAGGGUGCCCAAUGCCUACGACAAGACUGCCCUGGCCUUAGAGGUGGGCGACAUGGUGAAGGUGACCAAAAUAAACGUGAACGGCCAGUGGGAGGGCGAAUGUAAAGGCAAACGUGGCCACUUUCCCUUCACGCACGUCAAACUGCUGGACCAGCACAACGCCGAGGAAGAACUCAGCUGAGAGCGGACAGCCGGGCCGCAACCUGGACACUAGUAUUAGAGCCUUCCUCACCCCCCCCCCCCUCCCCUUCCUUCCCGUUCCACACACUCACUCAAGCCGCUCCCCCUCCCUCACGUCUGCUCCAGCUUUUACCCGCACCAAGUACAGUUUCAGAGAAUCACUGAGAACAAAACAAACACGCCCUCGUCGGAUCCUCGUCACCCCAUGUCUACCCCUCUGAAUAAUCAUUCCCACCCUUUCUCCAUUUGACUGACUAACUGACAUCAAAAUGGGUCAUACACUCUACAAUGGCACUGUAAAAUGAAUCUCCUGUUCCAUGGAUGUGGCAACACCCUUCAGAUCCUCCCAUCGCCUCGUCCCUGCCGUGGAUACGUUAUCAACACUCCCUCCUCAGGAGACUCUCCGCCGCAGACUUCAACCACUUCCUCUUCCUGUGUCGGAGCCAGUAGAUAACUGCUCAGCGUCGUGUCAUUUUUCAUCCUCGCCCUCAUCCGUCGCCAUGGUUACAGUGCUGUACUCAUGCUGCAUUCAUGUCAGAUGGGGAUACAGUAUUAAGUGGAAGAGUAAUGACACAGGCUUCAUGUGUGUUGUCUUGUGUAUAGCUGCCAAUUUGGGAUUAUUUGUUUUGAUAUUUUUGGAAAUGUGCUUACCAAUUAUGCUUGCCAAGAGUUAUAGGAGGAGAUUGAUACUUCUCAUGUGUCAGUACUGUAAAUGUGAAGCUACUGCCAGUAGCCAUUUAGCUUAGCUUAAUGUAAAGAUUGAAGCAGGUGGUCCAAAGCGAACAAAAUCCACCUACUAGUUCCUUUAAAGCUCACUAAUUAAAACAUUGUCAUUUGUUCAAAUCGGUAUAAAAACCAAAGUUUAAAACUAUUUCUUGGCCAGGACCAGCUGCCAGGCAACCAGUAGGUACUACAGGAAGUUACUGCGCCCAGCCAAGAAAUUGCUUGCUGUAACUCUUUGCAGGUAUGCAGCUAAAGUUACAUUUGGAGAGGGACAGGAUAGCUGUGUCCCCUGCUUCCAGCCUUCAUGCUAAGCUAUCGCCUGCUGGCAGUAGCUUCAUAUUUACAGUACAAACAUGAAAAUUGCAUCUGUCCUCUCAUUAGCCUGCAAAUAAGCACAUUUCCCUAAUAUUCUUUUCAUCCUGAUCCGUUUGUCUCACACCUCCAGUGCAUGCACGCAGUGAGUGAUGAACUUGGAAAAUCAAAGUUGCAAUAUCAGCCACACAGAUGAUACGGUCGUUCCCUCAAACCUGCCAUGGCAGCAUUUUUUCUUUCUUUCUUUCUUUCUUUGCCCUUCAUUUAUGCAAACUGCGAUCUUCUUGCCUGUGAUGGGACAAAGAAGUCCUGACUAAUAUUUAAUUCUAAAAUAUUGUUGAAGGGGAUUUAUAGGAAUUUACAACACCUAACAUAUACAUCUUUAAACCUGAACUGAACAAUAUUCUUCCACUUAAAGUUGUGGUUUAAGGCAUUUUCGAGUUUAAAAUUAUGCAUCUGCCCAUUGUUAUUAUUGGACAUGAAUGCAGCAUAAUGUAGAGAUGCUGAGAGAGACGGAGGGUGAUGAGAGCAGCGAGGCUCAAGUACAGCUGAAACAGCUUAGUGAACUGGAGGUGUACAGUUCCCCUCAAGGAGCAGACCAAGGACCAGUCCAGCUCCCUACCCCCAACACACACACACACACACACACACACACACACACACACACACACACACACACACACACACACACACACACACACACACACACACACACCAAAUAUCAAAUGGAUAAAACAAAAGUGAGUCGAGACCAGCAGCUAGGAGCGACUUUGUGUAGUUAUAGACGUAGAGCAGGCCCCAGCAGUGAACCUGAGAAACUUCAAGACUAUUGUUGAGGUGAAGAUGAAGGCAACACUACAUUCAACCUCUCCACACCUCCCACCUUGGCUCACCUCAGCCCCUUCCACCCACCUACUACGACCAAGUACCACCAAGUAGUCUUUUGUAAGAAGAAAAAAAAAAGAACAUAUUGUUAUGAAAUGAUGUACUAUGUGAUUAUCAUUACAUGCUAAAAUAUUGUUUUCUUUUUUUGUUGUUAUCUUUGUAGUUUUCUUCAUAGCUGAUUUUGUCCUGGAGGUUUCGAUGUACACUUUUUACUGCUGCAUGUUGGGAGGGAGCGAUGGGUCACUGGUGCAAAAUGGAUUGACUGACUCGAUGGAGGGGGUGGGGGGCGCUACAUAUUUUUGCCCCCAGCCCCUCACAAGGCCACAUGUGUUCUUAUUCUGCGUCUGAUGUACAUGAAUGAAGUUGAACGGAGUGAAUGUAGGCUGUCCACUAUGUUAGUUUGUACCGUCUCCUCGCAUUAGUGCUCUGCGUUCAGCUCACUCAGUAUACCUUAGCUCUGUGUCAAAUGUGUCCCAAGAAAAGUGGUAUUAUUUUGGUACCUGCCCUUUGUCUUUAACCUUUUAAUAAUCUUGUUGCCACCUUGCACCGUUUUUUUUUUUAAUCCUCUGCCUUAUCAGCCUGUGUUUCAUUUGUGCUUCCUCACUUAAUCCUCUGCCACUCUUUUAUUUAAAGCCUUGUCCAUUUAUGAUGCCCAAGCCAACGUGGACUUUUAAUGUUGCUGUUUUAUCUCUACCCUCUGCCAUGUCUGUAUUGCCAAGAGAUCAGGCAAAUAGAACUGCAAAUGAUGUUGUAGUCCACAUUCCCUUUUCCCCCCCCAAGACGUUGUUUUCUGUUGAGAUUGAAUCAAUCUAUUUGUUGACACCUGACAAUCAUCACCCUCGUGUAUCAGAACGCAGACUGGUUUGGAUUGAAGCAGGCUGGGUGUGUCAUUGAGAGCUUUGCCAGAGUGAACCCGGGCCCCUUUGAAUUUGAGCCGCGAGAACUCGCUGUCUCUUCCGAGCGAGGGAUUCCUCUCAGAUGUCAUGGUACAGUAUUUCAGGCCAGCACACCAUGUCACCUUUAGGUGGCACUGUAACAGCUUUCAGAGAGAUGGGGUCCUUCUGGAAAGCCUAUUCUGCCAGUUCUUGUGAGAUUAAAGGAGAUGAAAUUUGAUUUAUUUUUAUUUUUAACAGAAUGCACUUACUGCUUUUACACUGAGUGUGAAGAGAUGUAUGUUCUCAUUUUUUAGGGUUUUUAAUUAUCCUUGAUUGCUCCCACACAUUAGUCUUCAUGACGUUGUAGCUUUGCCUGAGAAGCUCUGUCCUGCUUUCACAUUUCAUUUUCAAGUUGGCCAUUUUCCAAACCCACAUUAAGAUAUUUACUGUUCAAAAUAUUUGGUUGACUUCUUGGAACAAUCUGGUCUAGGAAAGUAACAUUUGUGUUUACUGCCAGCUUUUGACACAGUCCAUUUUUAUCUGUGUAGUUAUGAUCAAAUCAAGCUUCUUCAUCAUUCAACACUGCACGUGGCAGGUGCCUAGCUACAUAAAUCAUUAUCUGACAAAUUGUGUUACCAAUGAAACCACCAAGAAGUAUUUUUUUAGUAGCCCUGCAUGAAGUCAUUCGUUUCCUUUCAUAAAAAGGAAGGGGUGGCAAAAUGCCAGUGGAAAUUGUGUUAAUAUCAAAAUGUGCCAUUUUAUUAUAACACUAUAUUCUUUCAAGACAAUUGAAAUUACCUUUUUAUUUUCUGUAGCAUGUAAUGUGUUAAUAUACUAGUAAAUAAAGUCAAACCCAUGACAAAUGA